GUGAUUUUCUUUUCUAAGAUCCGUUCGAUAGUUCGAUAGUACGAUGAAUAGUGCGUGGCUUUCGUUUCGAUCUUCUUUUUAUGAUUAGAUAUGUAUUCACGUACUACAAAUGUCUUGUACUAUAUCGUCUUGCUAAAAGAUUCAAUACGUCGCUGUUAUAGUUACCUAAUGCGAUCAUUGUUAUUCGAAUAAAAUACAAUGUAAUAGCCGAGCAAGUAGAGAUUAAUAAAAGAUUUUUCUUUGAUGAUCUGAAAAUAAUAAUCAUUUUUACACGAUGUACUUGGGUUAUGCUUGAAACAUUUUCACAAAACUUUUCACUCGUAAGUCUACUCUUAUUCGUUAAGACUAUAAAUAUUUCUAAAGCAAGCUUAGAAUUCAAAUAAUAUGACAAUGGAAAACUUUAAACUGUAUUACAUACGGAAAGCUUUCGCUCCGCCAAAGGAACGUUUUACUCACCUACGUAGAGAAGCUUUGAGAUUAAAAUAUAUCUGGUCUUAUGAAGAAAUGCCAACCAGAUGCCGUGUUCAGCAAGAACUUAACACGUUAUACAAAGAAGCCUUUAAUUACGUUAAAAAUAAUGAAAACCUAUCGGAAGCUUCUAAGUUGAUUACAAAAAUGUUGAAACACGAUCCUAAAUCUCAUAAAAUUUAUGCUUUGAGAGGUACCAUUUUCGAAAUUCAAGGUACGAGUAUUAAUCGAAAAAAAAUAAUAAAUAUUAAAAAAGACGUUCUAAGUUCGGCACUUUAAGGAAAAUGGACUAAAGCGAUUAAUAAUUAUGAGAUUGCACGAUUAAUGUUGAAAUUGGCGAACGUGCCGAGUUAUGAAGAAGCUGAUAUUCCUUAUAUCAAAUCAUUGAUUAAAUGUUAUGAAGCCAGAGGAGAUUGUUAUUAUGAGCAUGAAUUAUUUUUGCAAGCCGCUAGUGAUUACGAACGUAUCGUAACAUUGAAGCCUCCUGAUACAUCGAUCAUCGAUGUAGAAGUAACUAACAUACUCUUGUAACUAAUUUAUUUUCGUGUUUACAUUAUUAAAAGAUAAACGGCUACAAAAUAACGAUUUUUUUCUUUUCUUUUUUUUUUUAUUUUUAUACAAGAAUAAGCUUUUGACAACGAUGAAAAAUUUAAACAAGUACGAUGCAUUUUGCUCGUACUGGAACGAAUUCAUGCAAAAUUCAAAUGCGAUGAGACUCUCCGAUCUUUUAACACUUCAUGCGAAAUAUAAAUUUUUCUUGAGAGAUAUCGAGUUGACACGUGAAUUUCUUCUAGAAGCUCUCGCUAUAAAUGAAAAUAAUAAGGAAGCUCAGAAACUUCUACAGGUAUUCUGUAGUUACUAAAAAAAUAAACUAAACUCUCUAUAAUCCAAUUUUGUUAAUAUUUACAUAAAAAAAGA